GGCUCGGAAAUGGUAAGCUGUUGCUGGGACAAAUUGUGCAACGUAUUUUUGUUGGACCGCUGGGCUGCCCAGCCUCAGGUAAUAUACCUUGUCUGCCCCCAUAGGAUUACCGAGUACUUAGUACUCGCAACCUUCCGCUUCCUUCUUCCUCUUCCCUUUGCAUUCGCCCGUCUCCCACCUUCCCGUGCGCCCUCAAACUCCUAUUCUCGCUUGCGAAGAAAGACCCGUUGAUCUUUCUUCGCUCCCUCCUCUUUCUAACUCUCCCUCAUCUCGUCUACUGACGGAGCGUUGUCUUCUGUGUAAUCAGCUUUCGACCCUUCCUCUCACUAGAAGUUCCUCCUUCCUCCAGGCCGUCGCGGAAGCCUCAUAAACGCGACACUUCGCCCCAAACCUUCCAGGACCUUUCUUUUGGCUCACAGCGCCUCACAACAUGAAGUCGCCCGCAUCAAAAUUGUUUCCGGGAAUGCUGGAUACACAUCCAUCUUUCAAGAAGCAGAGUCUUAUGGGUUGGCCUUCGAUUCCGGGCUUCCACAGGGUUCGAAGGAAGUUUGCAUCUCGGAUGAGGAGUGGACAGUCACCAACCUCGAAUCUCUCGACAUUGCAAACAUCCUACGAUCCUGCGGACACCAUUCGUGCACUCAGGGCUCACCGCUGGAGUUAUUGGGAUGGUCAAUACCUAUUUCUCGUCAUCUUGGGGAUCUUCUGUUUGUCCAUAAUAGAAACGCCGGGUGCGAUCAUCAAAACCUUAAUUUCCACCCUUUUAAUAACCUCUCUUAUCUUGCCCAUCACACGACAAUUCUUCCUGCCAUUUCUACCCGUUGCUGGAUGGCUGGUCUUGUUUUAUGCAUGCAGAUUUAUCCCCUCGGAAUGGCGCCCUCCCAUCUGGGUUCGUGUGCUUCCCGCUCUUGAGAACAUCAUCUACGGUGCCAACCUCAGCAACAUCUUGUCAAAAAACACCAAUGCAUUCUUGGAUGUUCUUGCAUGGCUUCCCUAUGGUGUUAUUCACUUUGGUGCACCACCCGUCUGCUCCGCCAUCAUGUUUAUCUUCGCGGCUCCCGGAACCGUCCCUGUCUUUGCCCGCAGCUUUGGUUACAUGAACAUCAUUGGUGUUGCCAUCCAAUUGAUGUUCCCAUGUUCUCCACCUUGGUAUGAGAACCUUCACGGGUUGGCUCCUGCCAAUUACUCGAUGCCAGGGUCACCGGCGGGUCUUGCUCGUAUUGAUGAGUUGUUUGGCUGGAAUACUUACACCUCCACUUUUACUGCUGCUCCGUUGGUCUUUGGUGCCAUGCCAUCCCUACACGCCGGCUGUGCAACCAUCGAGGCUUUGUUCAUGGGGCAUGUUUUCCCUCGUGGCAAAUGGCUUUUCUACACCUAUAUCCUCUGGAUUUGGUGGGCCACUCUCUACCUCCAACACCACUAUGCUGUGGACCUCAUUGCUGGCAGUUUCCUGGCCACUUGCACCUUUUAUGUUGCCAAAACCAAGUUCCUCGCGAGGCUCCAACCUGACAAGGAAUUCCGAUGGGAUUACGACUUUUUGGAGAUCGGCAAUGGCAACUCGCCCAACUAUGCCUUCGGUAUGUCUGAUUUUAAUGGUGAUUGCCAUUCUGAGGACGAUGAGUGGACAACUGGCUCCUCAUCCUCGGUUUCUUCUGGAUGCCGAAGCCCUGUUGAGGACACGCAAUCUGUGUGGGAAUCUGGCAGUGAGACGCUCGCUAGCCACUCAGAUACCGAGGGUAUUGAUGUGGUUAUCGAUGAUCGUCGAUAGUCGCAGCUAUUCGUUGCACAAUAUCUCAUCCAACAUGAGACUUUACGGUCACCAUCGCAUGGUCUCCCUAAAGCGAGGGUGUUCAGUAACGAGUAUGCACUUGUGAUCAUUGUGAUCAGCACUGGAUCGUGGACAAUUUCGCUUAAUGGUCGGGUGGUUGUUUCUUUUGUUUUUUUCCUUUGUACUUUAUGAUUACGGCGAUCAUGGGACGGUGUUUGAUCUUAUUUACUCUUUUACUCUUUCUUCAUACUCCCCCUUUUUUGGACAGCAUUUAAUGAUUCAACCGUACAUAUACGACAACCAGCAUCGGCAGAUAACAUUGUGGUUUACGACCUGGAGCAUAAAUAAUGGGUUUCAUCUUCACUUCUGUUUUUCUUUCGAAGAGAGGUGUAAUGUGUAUUGUGGGGCGAUGUUGUCUCUUGUGGUUCCUACAGAAGCAAUUGGUCUCUGUUUUAUGAUACCUUUGGCGACAUAUCUUUCUCGGGUCUAAUCUUUUUGCUUGUUUUUCUCGCCCGUUCUCACUGUUGCCUUUUGAUAUGAAGUGUGGUUGCGAGGACUUCAUGCUGGGAAGUUACUAAUGCCUAAUGACGUAGGGGGCUGGUUUUUUGUUCUCUCUGCGCUGCUUCCCUGUUUGGGCUCGAUUUUUCUCCCCUUUUUUUUUCUCCCCCCCUUUUUUUUUUUUGCUGUUUGUCAAUACUCCAGUGGUAGUGGGCUUUGUUCCUGGUGUAAUUUUUCCCCUUGCUUCUUACUUUCGCUUCUUUUUAGGUUUUGGCUAAGGGAGUCUCUUAGACUGGCGUUCAUCUGUUCGUUCGUUAAGUAUCCUGUUACUGGGAUAAAUUGGGCUUGCUGUGAAAGAGGAGGGGUGUGGGAACUUGGUAUAGGGAAUAAUAAAUGGUAUUGCGGGAGGGGGAAGUGGGGCAAUGUAGGGAGGGAGAGGCUGAUUGGCGGUGGUGGUAUCAUAGGUGAAAGGGUUUGGAGAUGGCUUGCUUGGCGAGAAGGAGUUACAGAGUGUACUGUACUCGGGUUAGUCGCUGUGAGUAGUGGUGUAAUCGCUCUCAGCUCUCCUGCUGUUGAUAUGGAAUAUACCUUUGUGCUGCAUGAUGGGAUUGUUGGCGCGAAUAUGGCUAACUUGUUUUUACGAAGAUCUAAUGUUCAUCUAAUAUAAUAUGG